GGAGGUUGCGCGGGCGGGCGCGGAGCGCGGCGGCGGAUCGCGGGGAUGGCUUUCGAGGCGCUGGCGGAGGCGGCGGAGCGGUGGUGCGCCCGCACGCCCUUCCAGCUCAUCGCCGCCGAGGAGACGGAGCGGCGUAUGGACUUCUACGCCGAGCCCGGCGUCUCCUUCUACGUGCUGUGCCCGGAGGCCGCCUGCGGCGACAAUUUCCACGUGUGGAGUGAAAGUGAGGACUGCUUGCCUUUUCUGCAGCUCGCGCAGGAUUACAUCUCCUCCUGUGGGAAAAAGACACUCCAUGAAAUAUUGGAAAAAGUCUUCAAAUCCUUCAGACCCUUACUCGGGCUUCCAGAUGUUGAUGAUGAUGCAUUUGAAGAAUAUAACGCAGAUGUGGAAGAAGAGGAACCAGAAGCCGAUCACCAACAGAUGGGUGUCAGUCAGCAGUGAUUCUCUGAGAAGCUAAAAAAAUUCGGAAGCCUUUGGUACCAGACCGCAAGUGCUGGACAGCCGGGGGGGCCCUUCUGCAGCGCUCACCCCUGCAAAAUUCCCACUGAAGCCAGCGAGAUUUUGUUCAAAGGUGAUCUGCGGGACCGGGCGUGCCAGGGGACGUGCAAGGCUUGGUCCUGCAGAGCGCUGAGCACUCUUGUCCCCUCUCAUUUUGCUGGGAGCUGAAUGUGUUGAGCCCCGCUGCUGAACUGAAGCAUGGCCAGGCAGCACUGAGAAUAAACUGGAAUUUUAUACAUGGAAGAUUUAAUUUACAUGUGUAUUAAAUGUGAAUGAGUAUUAAUAUAGAAUGUAUUUUACCAAAAAAUACUGAUUGCUUACUUUGACCAAAUACAUUUCUGUAUUGCCGUGUUACUUAUUCCAUACUUACCAAACAAUGCAAGAGAUGCGGAACCGGUUUAGUUGUAUUACAGAGUAUUUUUAUAUUUUAUUUUAUUUUUCCCUCACUCCCACCACUUACUGAGGUUAGUAGCCAUUGACCAGGGGGUAGCAUGACCCGGUGGCUAGGCUGCUAGACUGAGAUGCCAGAUUUGUGAAUACAUGCAUAACUGCUUGCAACCCCGGGGACUUGGUGAGAUGUGAGUUCAGAGCUCUGCCAUCGCCUUGUCCUGAGCUUCGGGUGGAUCUCAGCAGCUGGGAAUUCAAGGCAGGCCUCCAGUUAUUUAUCCAGGCUUCCAUGAAAUUCAGUGGGAGCAGGGUAACUCUGGCAGUCCUACUUAAGCCUUUCAUAAAAGGGGCCAUUAGUAGUAUUUGUCUACCAGUGUAUAAGCUGCUUUUAGAUCUGUGGGUGAGAAGAGGAAUGCAUCAUCAUUGCCUAUCCUCAAAGCCAAACCAUUAGUGAAAGGACACAGAAAAGUCUCCCUUUUCCCUUGCCCUUCUCUUGGGCAUUUCAUGCUCCAGCCAAAAACAAAUUUACCAGAGCAGAGCCUCUUGCAAAACUGGCACUUCUGAACGAGUUCCAUGAGUGUAAUGAGCGGAGUGCUGCUUGGGGGAUGAGAAAUACAUGGGAUGCCAGAGGGAAGAGCAGAUUUGGGAAACAUAACAACUGGUUUGGGUAGCAGAGGCGAGGGUGAGAAAGGCCCCUUUCGGAGAGGUGCUGGGAUUUCUGGGACAGCCCAAACCAUCCUGCCAAGUAUCUGCCUAUGGAACCUAUGCAGUUUAUAAAGAAGGUGGACAUUACUUGGGGCCUUGAGCUGGGUUGUGUUUUUAGUUUAGUGUCCUGCUUGACGAAUGCAUUGAGAUGGUUGAGAGAGGAGGCAACGGAGGAAAGGCAAACUGAAAAACUUUCUCCUCUCUUCCCCAGCAUUAUUAUUUAUGAUAUUGUAUGAGUGGGUAGGAGCAGUAGUCAGGGAGCAGGAAGCUGCUUUAUUAGCUGUACAGUAACAUCUCUUAAAUGGACUUGCUCAUGGGAGAAAAAAUUGACAGUUUUCUUGCAGAAACGUGGGGAAUAGCACACCCCUGAGCAUGAUGGCCUGAACCCUACCAGACUUCAGCUCCACCUCCUGCCCUGCUCUGGGCUGUUUUCUAGGCAGUUUCCCUCUGUGCAUAGUGCCGUGCCUUUGAAAGUCGCAUGCUCCUGAGAAUGCCACUUUUGAUGGGAAUAGUCCGCGUUAGCUUUCCUGCAGCAGUGACCUGCACGCUAGCUGCUGCUGUGUCCCCUGUGCUGUGUGAGGUGGUGGCUGGGGGCCGCGGGGAGCUGUUUGCUACAGCAGUGCUCGGCGGGUAACAGCCCUUUCCCCCUCUGCAGGGAGGGACGGGAGACCGUGACAGUAAAAGCGAUUGCAAUAACGUUAUGGACGGUGCUUUGGAAAGCUGCCAGGCAGGGCAGAUUCCCAGCCUCUUUGAACAUAUUUCCUGAUCUUUCACCAGGACCCAGGGCUGAAGUCCGUGGCUGUUUUACUCACAGUCAGCUUUAGCUGUGGCAGGAGGCGAGGGGUUACCGCUUCAUCCAUCCUUACCUUGCGUCCAUCCAUCCUUCCCUCCUUUCCAUCCUUACCACUCUUCUUCUCAGAAAUUCCCACUCCCAGAAGAGGGGAAGCAGAGGAAGGUGGAUAGAAAAACCCUCUUACCUCCCACAGCUCGCAGCCAGGUGUAUCGGUGAGAGCUGCAGCGCGGGGGGGGUGUAACUGAGCUGCGCCGUCCUUUCACACAGGCAGCACCUUCUCACGGGGGGAUGAGGUGACGUGGGAGACGUGUUGUCCCUCGAGGACCCACGAGUGGUCCGUGCCAGACAGGGGUUAUGCAGGAGGAGAGCGGUCAUUUUAGGUGCCAAACCCAAGAUCAUUUCACAGAGAGCGAUGCCUAGCUAAAUAACCCAGCCUCUGAAAAUCAUCACCCAUUGAGGCUUUUCCAGUCUGGGCAUCCAGAAGAUGAGACCUGCCUGGUUGCCAGUUGCUGGGGGGCCCGGCCCAGCCUGCAGGUCUCUUUCUCCACACUGACUGGUUUCGGUUCGGCCACAGGACGUAGGAAAUCAGGAAGGAUCCCUUUCGGGGGCUCUAGCUGGAUGCCCCCUUUCUGUAAAUCGCUGAGCAGAGGGAAGCGCUUUGUUUUAUCUGUUUAAUUCUGGCAGGACCUCCCUGGCAGCCUGUCCCUGCAGCCAGCUGCAGCUGGGAAGCCUUCGCGUGACGGCCAGGCUGGGGUGACUCAGGGCAGCGGCUCUUACACCCCGUAACAGGCUGCGCUUGAGGUGGUCCCUGCAGAGUCACCUCCAAGGCAGAUACUAAAAUAAAGAGAUGCCUUAAAUUUGGUCCUUACCUCUGAAAAGAAAGGCUCUGAGGGGAGACCCUGUCACCCCGGGUUUUUAUCAGACUUCCUCUGAGGCUUUCUUAGUUGGUGUCUGAUGUCUGUGGCAGGUGUACGAAGGAAACCACUUACAAUGUGAGGCGGGGGCACGCGUGUUUGCUGAGCUAAAUUACCAUUUACAUGCUCUGUUUGACUUUUUUCGCAUUGAUUUUUUUUUUUUUUUUUUUAAAAAAAGAAAGACAGUCCCUAAAGGCACAUCUGCAUUAUUGCAAACCCCAAUAUCUACAGAGCCACGUAGCACUGCAUUGUCAGUACAAGCUUGGUCAUAAACAAAUAUACAGAUUAACAAAAAGGGUAUUCAUCUGUCUGCAGAAAAAAAAAGCUUCUUUGAACUAGUUACUGCUGACUACAGUAAAGCUCACUGGUUUAAUGUAAAAUACAUUGAACUUUGAAAUUCCCUUUUUGUACCGACAUGCUGUUGUUCAUGUAGACAAAGAUCUGCAGCAACACUGCAUGUAAAGGAUGCCUGCUUUCAUCUUCAGGGGUGGUGGUGGAAGUGUCAGCUCUGGAUUUCAGUCAGUGCAAUUUUUUUGUUGUCAAGUUUUCCUUUAUUAAUCCCGGAACCAGCCAGACCUCAACACGUCAAGCAGAAAUCCUGUUGCGCCACGCCAUGCAAAGGCUGUCUUUGGGGUGCUUCCCAGCUUUUUUUCUGGCUGGAAGAUCUGUCUUUGGGACUACAAAGCUGUGAAAUGGGUCACCAAAAGAUGUUGCCCUUUUGUUCAGUGCUUUCAAAGGUGUAAGCCUUCAGUGGAGCCCUGCCUUUCUUCUGAUCCUCCUCCCUCUCCCACCACCGAGGCAUCAAAUCCAGCAGUGUCAUUACAUCAUGAGCUUGCCAUUAAAGAGCUUACCAAACUCUGA